AUGUUACGUUUUGAGAGCGGAAUUUUGGUUGCAAUAUACAAAUCAAAGUAUCCUCCCAGGCAUCCUAAAAGACUGAGACCUGAUCUCAGUGCCGUGUACAGACGUUAUCGAGAGAGAGACGUUGUUAAUUAUGUUAAUUGUGAACGUUUAUCUUGGACAGAACUGUUAGAGCAUGAAGAAAGAGCCUUGAGAGAUCUAAGAUGUUCACAGGCUGUGCAUUGGUGGGAUCGCAGAAAGCUAAGUAGUACGCUAAGAAAUAUUUCUGAAAGGAUUACAUCUAGAACGAGAAGAGAAUCAAGACAAUCACCAGAACCAUAUACUGAAACCAACCCAUCAACUUCUUAUAUUAUACCGGACUUACGAAAAAGCAGUAUGGAUGACUCGCCAGGGUGA